AUGGCAAAGGCAGACGCCUCGCCCACCGGGACACCACCAUCCGCCCUCAAGAGAACGACCUCAAGCGCCCAAAACAUGAAAAGCCAAAAGUCCAUUCUGGGAUUCUUCCAGAAAUCCUCCCCAGCAACGCCGUCCAGUGCUAAACCCCGCGAGCCCGCGUCCUCUCCCGCCCAACGAGCGUCGGAGCAACGUAGCGGCAGCGCAACAAAACCCAAGGAAAAGAGGAGCUUCUCGAGCUUUGCUCAGGAUUUGACCCCUGUUCCCAGUAGCGACCUCCCUAUUCCGGACGAGGAUGAAGAAAACGCAGAUGCGGCAAAGGCUGGAGACGAAACAAACCAAGAUGAAUCCGGGACUCCUUCACGCCGAUCCAAGAAGAAGCAGGUCAGCUACAAAGAGUCCGACUCCGAGGGCGAAGACGACGACGACGUGAUUUUCCGUCCCAGCCGAAAGAACGGCGCGGGAGGCCGCGCCGCAAAGCGCAGAAAGACUUCUCCGGAUAGCGAAGACGAGUUCGAAGCACCUGGAGAGGAUGACGGAUACUCAGACGACGAUAUGGAUGACUUCAUUGUCGCCGACGACUCCGAUGAGGAUGCCGCACCCGCCAAGAAGCGCAAGAGAACCGCUCCGUCGUCUGCUCGAAAGAGCUUCAACCAGUCUCCUUCCCUCCCACCCGCUCCACCGAACGACGAAGAGCUCGAUCUGGAAUUGCCUGAGGGCUCUGCGGGAACUGCCCUCCAGUGGACCUUUGACCCCGAGAACACGCAGCCUCGGCAAGAACGUGCCAACACAAAGACAUCCAAAACCCCGGCCAGUGCGAAGAAGGAGAAAGCCCAUGUCAAGGACCCCGAGGAGCGGUACCCAUGGCUCGCCAACGUCAAGGAUAUGGAUGGAAAUCCUCCUGGACACCCCGACUUCGACCCCCGCACGAUCUACAUUCCCCCUCUGGCUUGGUCGCGCUUCUCGCCUUUCGAAAAGCAAUACUGGGAAAUUAAGCAGAAAUUCUGGGAUACCGUAGUCUUUUUCAAGAAGGGAAAGUUCUACGAACUCUACGAGAACGAUGCUACUAUCGGUCACCAGCUGUUCGAUCUGAAGCUUACUGAUAGGGUGAACAUGCGCAUGGUUGGUGUCCCUGAGAUGAGCUUGUCUCACUGGGCCAACCAGUUUGUGGCCAAAGGCUACAAGAUUGCCCGUGUCGAUCAGUCCGAGUCCGCAUUGGGCAAGGAAAUGCGUGAACGCGAUGGCAAGAAGCCCGGAAAAGAAGACAAGAUCAUCAAGCGUGAACUUGCCUGUGUCCUGACUGCGGGUACUCUGGUCGAAGGCUCGAUGCUUCAGGAUGAUAUGUCGACUUAUUGUGUUGCCAUCAAGGAGGCUAUCAUGGAUGACCUCCCAGCCUUUGGUAUCGCUUUUGUCGAUACAGCUACCGGUCAAUUCUUCAUGUCGGAGUUUGUUGACGACAUCGAUAUGACCAAAUUCGAGACUUUCGUGGCGCAGAUCCGCCCUCAGGAGUUGCUACUCGAAAAGGGCUGCGUUUCGCAGAAGAUGAUGCGCAUUUUGAAAAACAAUACCGGUCCUACCACUUUGUGGAACUACCUAAAGCCCGGCAGGGAAUUCUGGGAGGCGGAUAUCACGUUGAAGGAGCUCGAUGCCAGCGAAUACUUUGUUUCUGAAGACGAUGAUAAUAUUACGGCCUGGCCGGAGACUCUGCGUCAAGCACGCGAGAAGGAGUUGCUCAUGUCUGCAUUCGGUGCUCUGACACAAUACCUGCGCCUGCUGAAGAUCGAAAGAGAUCUGAUCACCAUUGGCAACUUCACCUGGUACGAUCCGAUCAAGAAGGCCUCUAGUCUGGUGCUGGAUGGUCAAACUUUGAUCAACAUGGAAAUUUUCGCCAAUUCCUUUGAUGGCGGUGUUGACGGCACACUGUUCCAACUCCUCAACAGAUGUAUUACGCCAUUUGGCAAGCGUUUGUUCAAGCAAUGGGUCUGCCAUCCGUUGAUGGAUUCCAAGAGAAUCAACGCAAGACUUGAUGCGGUGGACUCCUUGAAUGCGGAUCCCAGUGUUCGUGACCAGUUCUCCUCACAGCUGACCAAGAUGCCGGAUCUGGAGCGCCUGAUCUCUCGUGUCCACGCGGGUAACUGCAAGGCUCAGGACUUCGUGCGUGUGCUGGAAGGCUUCGAGCAGAUUGAAUACACUAUGGGUCUUCUCAAGGAUAGCGGUUCCGGCGACGGAAUCAUCGGACAAUUGAUCACGGCCAUGCCCGACAUGAGUGAGCUGCUGGCAUACUGGAAAACUGCCUUUGACCGUCCCAAGGCGAAGGAGAAUGGCAUUCUUGUCCCAGAGCCCGGUGUCGAGAAUGAUUUCGACAACUCGCAGCAGACCAUCGAGCAGCUUCACAAGGAUCUCGAUUAUCUACUGAAGAAGGCACGCCGUGAUCUCGGCUCUACUGCCAUCUGUUACAAGGACAACGGCAAGGAGAUUUAUCAGCUCGAAGUACCCAUCAAGGUGAAGAACAUACCCAAGGACUGGGAUCAGAUGUCUGCAACCAAGCAGGUCAAACGAUAUUACUUCCCCGAGCUCCGCAGCCUCAUCCGCAAGCUUCAAGAGGCUCAGGAAACACACAGCCAGAUUGUAAAGGAGGUUGCUGGCCGAUUCCACGCUCGUUUCGACGAGCACUACGGCACUUGGCUCGCCGCUGUCCGCGUUAUCUCCCAGCUAGACUGUCUGAUCAGCCUCGCCAAGGCCUCCACAUCGCUGGGCCAGCCCAGCUGCCGCCCCGUUUUCGUAGACGACGAGCGAAGCGUCCUCGAAUUCGAAGAACUCCGUCACCCAUGCCUCCUCUCCUCAGUGGAAGACUUUAUCCCGAACGACAUCCAGCUCGGCGGCAAGCGUGCCAACAUAGACUUACUGACCGGAGCCAACGCCGCCGGAAAGUCAACCUUGCUCCGAAUGACCUGCGUCGCCGUCAUAAUGGCCCAAAUCGGCUGCUACCUCCCCUGCCAAUCGGCACGACUGACCCCAGUAGACCGAAUCAUGUCGCGCCUCGGCGCAAACGACAACAUCUUCGCAGCGCAAUCAACCUUCUUCGUCGAGCUCUCUGAGACAAAGAAGAUCCUCUCAGAAGCGACGCCACGCUCCCUCGUCAUCCUCGACGAGCUCGGCCGUGGCACCAGCUCCUACGACGGCGUCGCAGUCGCACAGGCUGUCCUACACCACAUAGCCACCCACAUUGGCGCGAUGGGCUUCUUCGCAACGCACUACCACUCCCUCGCGACGGAGUUCGAAGGUCAUCCCGAAAUCACACCCAAGCGCAUGGCCAUCCACGUUGAUGACGCCGAGCGCCGCGUGACCUUUCUCUAUAAACUCGAGGACGGCGUUGCGGAGGGUAGUUUCGGAAUGCACUGUGCUUCCAUGUGCGGGAUUUCAAAUAAGGUCAUUGAGCGUGCGGAGGUUGCGGCUAAGCAGUGGGAGCAUACGAGUCGGCUCAAGGAGAGUCUUGAGCGCCGGAAGGGUGGGGGUUACGUUGGACUUGGAUGGUGGAGUGAUGUUGCGUGGGCUUUGCGUGAGUCUACGGGCGAGAAUGAGGGUGAGGCUGAUGUAUUUGAUCGAGGCUUGGAGGUGCUACGCAAGGCUAUUGAGGCUCUUUAA